AUGGCAGCAGAUUCGGUGCAGGUCGGGGAUUUUCAGCAAGGAUUUGCUAGAGAAGAAGGGGCGGAAAAUACACACGUCCAGGGGCUGGUGACCUUCGAGGAGGUGGCUGUGUAUUUCACCCAGGGGCAGGGGGCACUGCUGGACCCUGGUCAGAGAGCCCUCUACAGGGACGUCAUGCAGGAGAACUACGAGACGGUGACCUCGCUGGGAUUCCCCCUUCCCAAACCUGAGCUGAUCGCCCGGCUGGAGCGAGGGGAAGAGCCGUGGGUCCCGGAUCUCCAGGCCUGCAAGGGAAGGGAGAGCCCGAGAGGCAGCCGCACAGGUGAUGGGAUGGUGAGUGAAAACACAGAGGAGAAUCUGCAGCAGGAAGGUCCUGAGCAAGUGGAACCACGUGAGACAAUGUUGGAAAGAUCUGAAGGGAAUUUUACCCAUGAGCGGCAAAAAGCCUGGGGAAAUGGGCACAAGCCAGAGAGGCAGCUGGGAACCCAUCCAGGGCAGAAAGUGGGUAAAUCCACUGAUCAUGGGGGAGUUUGCAAAGGCCCCAAGGAAACCACAGCCCAGCAGAGAAUCCCAUCAGGAGUGAGAGACAACACAUGCUCCGAGUGCGGGAAAAGCUUCAACCGGAGCUCAAACCUUAUUUCACAUCAGAGACUCCACACUGGAGACAGGCCUUUUAAAUGCCUUGAGUGUGGGAGACGUUUUAAUCAGCGAGAGCACCUCGUUAGGCAUCAGAGACUCCACACUGGAGAAAAGCCCUAUAAAUGUCUGGAGUGCGGGAAAAGCUUCAUUCAGAGCUCCCAGCUUAUUACACACCAAAGAGUCCAUACGGGCGAGCGACCCUACAAGUGCCCGGAGUGUGGGAAAAUGUUUAGUGAUGGCUCAGCCUUUAUUAACCAUCGGAGAAUCCACACGGGAGUUAAACCCCAUAAAUGCCUCAACUGUGGGAAAAGCUUCAAUCGGAGCUCAACCCUGGUUAGACAUCAGAGAACCCACACAGGAGAGAAACCCUUUAUAUGCCUGGAGUGCGGGAAAAAGUUUAGUGACAGUUCAGCUCUUAUUGUGCAUCAGAGACUCCACACUGGGGAUAAACCCUUUAAAUGCUCUGACUGUGGGAAAAGUUUCUUUCAACUCUCACGGCUCCUUGCACAUCAGAGAAUCCACACGGGCGAGAACCCCUAUAAAUGCCUCGAGUGUGGGAAAAGGUUUAAUGACAACUCAAACCUUAUUACACACCAGAUUAUCCACACGGGAGAGAGACCCUACAAAUGCCUGGACUGUGGGAAAAGCUUCAGUCGCAGCUCACAUCUUAUUACGCAUUACAGAACCCACACUGGAGAGAGACCCUAUAAAUGCCUGGACUGUGGGAAAAGUUUCAAUCAGAGCUCAAACCUAAUUACACAUCAGAGACUCCAUACGGCAGAGAAGCCCUAUAAAUGCCAGGAGUGCGGGAAAAGUUUCAAUCAGAGCUCCAACCUUAUUCUGCACCAGCGAACGCACACGGGGGAGAGGCCCUACAAAUGCCUCGACUGCGGGAAAAGUUUCAAUCGGAGCUCGAGCCUCGUCGUGCAUCAGAGAAUCCACACGGGAGACAAACCCCACAAAUGCACCAAAUGUGGGAAGAGUUUCAUUCAGAGCUCCAACCUGACGACGCACCAAAAAAUCCACACGGGAGAAAAAAACUGUCAGUGCCCAGAGUGUGGGAAAAUGUUCAGCGACAACUCAGCCCUGAUUAAGCACCGAAGAAUCCAUUCGGGACAGAAACCCUAUAAAUGCCCGGAAUGCGGGAAAGGGUUUAGUGACAGCUCAACCUGUAUUCGACACCAGAGAACCCACACGGGAGAGAGACCCUACAAAUGCCUGGAUUGUGGGAAAAGCUUCAAUCUGAGCUCCAACCUAGUUACGCACCGGAGAAUCCACACGGGGGAAAGACCCUAUAAAUGCCUCGACUGUGGGAGAAGCUUUAGUCAGAACUCGCAUCUGAUUAAACAUCAGAAAGUCCACACGAGGUUGAAAUCUUGA